UCCUCCUCCUCCUCCUCCUCGCCAUCCCAGGCUCCAACCCCUCCAGACAGUCAAGGAGGGUGAUUCAGCGCGACGCCCCCCUCUUCCCCUUCUCCUCCUCUUCUUCUUCUCGUCCUCCUUUCCCACUUCUGCGCUCCCCCUUUCCUCACCUUGGGCUGCUUUUCCCUCCCUUCUUUUGGCCCAGUGGGCGCCCGCUUUCCCCCUCAGAAGGGGCUCCCUGGCUUGGACCCUUAAGGCCCCUCCUUCCCUCAGACACAGGCCCAAGGCCCACAACCUCCACCCCAAGGCCUGGCCCUCGCCUGGCUCCUCAAAUAGAAAGACCCUUCCUUCCUUCCUUCCUUCUUUCCUUCCUUCCUUCCUUCCUUCCUUCCUUCUUUCCUUCCUCUCUGUCCCCAGCCUGCCCUUCCCUCCUUCCCUUUCCAGGCUCGUGGCCCUGGGGGGGGGGCGCUUUCCAAAGGCCCCCUAAGGUCGCCCCUCAGGAGGGGAAAGCCCUGGUCCCAGCCAGCCGUGGGCGUCGUUGUGGCAAGAGGCAAGAGGCUAGUCCGCAAGGCAUCGGGUAUAAUCCCUCACCAUUGGCUGUGCUGGAUAGAGAUGAUGGGAGCUGCAGCCUGACAAUAUCUAGAGGACCACAGGUUCCCCAUCUCUGAUAUACAUAACCAUACUAAUCCUUAAAAGGGUCACUAUAAGGUGUGAAACUGGGGAUCAAAACCCUCCUUGUACUGCCUUUUCUCUGAGCUCCAGAUGAAGCGGAGGGUUUGCAGACAAGAGAAGCAAAGGAGGGAGAGCAGCAGAAGCAGAAGGAGCUGGCGUUUAGCUGCAGAGCUUCAAGUCUUCCCACCCAUUGGUGGCCAAGCACCAGCAUUGUAAAGGUCUCAAUCUCCCUUCCCUGCCUUUAGACACAAAGGUAUUUAUGAGCCGCCAUUUCUUAUACUACUGCGGUGAACCUACCCUGGAUGUGAAGAUUGCCUUUUGUCAGGGAUUCGGGAAACAAGUGGAUGUGUCAUAUAUUGCCAAAUAUUACAACAUGAGUAAAAGCAAAGUUGACAACCAGUUCUACAGUGUGGAAGUGGGUGACUCGACCUUCACAGUUCUCAAGCGCUACCAGAACUUAAAACCAAUUGGCUCUGGAGCUCAGGGAAUAGUUUGUGCUGCAUAUGAUGCUGUUCUCGACAGAAAUGUGGCCAUCAAGAAACUCAGCAGGCCGUUUCAAAAUCAAACACACGCUAAAAGAGCUUACAGGGAACUAGUCCUCAUGAAAUGUGUGAACCACAAAAACAUUAUCAGUUUAUUAAAUGUCUUCACACCACAGAAAUCUCUGGAGGAGUUUCAGGAUGUUUAUUUAGUAAUGGAGCUGAUGGAUGCCAACUUGUGCCAGGUAAUUCAGAUGGAGCUAGACCAUGAGCGGAUGUCUUACCUGCUUUACCAAAUGCUUUGUGGCAUCAAACACCUUCAUUCUGCAGGAAUUAUUCACAGGGAUUUAAAACCAAGUAAUAUUGUGGUAAAAUCUGACUGCACGUUGAAGAUCCUAGAUUUUGGGCUGGCCAGAACUGCAGGCACUAGCUUCAUGAUGACUCCCUAUGUGGUCACACGGUAUUACAGAGCACCAGAGGUCAUCUUGGGAAUGGGCUACAAGGAGAACGUGGAUAUAUGGUCAGUAGGAUGCAUUAUGGGAGAAAUGGUGCGCCACAAAAUCCUCUUUCCAGGAAGGGACUAUAUUGAUCAAUGGAAUAAGGUAAUCGAACAGUUGGGAACCCCCUGCCCAGAGUUCAUGAAGAAGCUCCAGCCAACAGUGCGGAAUUACGUGGAAAACCGACCUAAAUAUGCUGGCCUCACAUUCCCCAAACUUUUCCCAGAUUCUCUCUUUCCUGCCGAUUCAGAACACAACAAACUCAAAGCUAGCCAAGCCAGAGACCUUUUGUCAAAGAUGCUAGUGAUUGACCCAGCCAAACGGAUAUCAGUGGACGAAGCCUUACAGCAUCCGUACAUUAAUGUCUGGUAUGACCCAGCAGAGGUGGAAGCGCCACCUCCACAGAUAUAUGAUAAGCAGCUGGAUGAAAGGGAACACACAAUUGAAGAGUGGAAAGAAUUAAUCUACAAGGAAGUAAUGAACUCUGAAGAAAAGACUAAAAAUGGUGUAGUAAAAGGACAGCCUUCUCCCUCAGGUGCAGCAGUGAACAGCAGCGAAAGCCUCCCUCCAUCCUCAUCCGUCAAUGACAUUUCCUCCAUGUCCACAGACCAGACCCUGGCCUCGGACACUGACAGCAGUUUGGAAGCUUCUGCAGGACCCCUCGGUUGUUGCAGGUGACUAGCCGCCUGCCUGCGAAACCCUACGUUCUUCAGAAGAUAAUGUAAUUUAGUGGGGGGAAAUCAUUGUGGUUAUAAAAGCAUUCAAUGAUGGCAAGGAAGAGUUAAAUUUUAAAUGCAAAAAGAAAAUUUUAAACAAACAUACAAACAUACACACGUAACAAUUAAAUGAGAGAAAACCCUUUCAGCCUGCCUUCUCCUAAAAAAAUUAUGUAAAUGCAGCUAAGCUCAAGUGUAUAUUUAACUUAUAGUUGCUCUGCUUUGGUCUUCUUCCAAUGAUGCUUACUGCAAAAAGAAAACAGAAAAACAGAAAAAAGAGGAAAAAAGAGAAAAAAUAUGUAAAAGAAGCCUUUUUUCAUACAAUUGCAAAUUUUAAUGGCUGCAAAACCAGCAACCUGCAACUGUCCUUUUUCACGUUGGCAUGACAAGGUGGGCAGUCCCCUUCCCUUUAUGUAUAUACAUGUGUGCCUGUGUAACCCCUCUCUGUUUCUGUGUUGGACAGAUGAACAGAGAAAUGCACAUGUAUCUUGGUGUACAUACUUGCAAAUUUGCAUUACACAAAGUCAUAUAUGCAGUUCUGUGUGUGCAUAUAUCUAAAGAUCAGGAGUGUACACAACAGCCUGCAGUGAAAAAUUGAUCCUCCUGUGUUUCAUUUUUUAAAAGUGCAAAUUUCACUUGCAACAUAAUUUGAAGUACAGGGUCCAUUUAGUUGGCCCAAGGUUUGUUUUGGAUUUGUUUGAGCCUGCAGUCCUAUUCCCACUUACCUGGGAGUAAGCCUCACUGAACUCAAUUGGAUUUAACUUCUGAGCAAAUGAGUAAAGAUUUGUGCUGUAAAGCAUGUAGAAACAAUCAAAGUGAAGCUCUUUCAGAAUUUUGAAUGGUGGCAGAGUCUAUACAUAUACAGUCUAUAUAUCAGUCAUCUGUUGGAAAGAAGAAUAUAGAGGAAGAGUAAGUCAGGGAUCUCAUAAUACAAUGCAUUAGGAAUUGGUUUUUAGAAUGAUCUGAUGCAGAACAGUUAAGAAGGAGCUGCCAGAGCUGUCAGGAAAGAGGCCUCUUGCCACUAUUGUCUAUUUGUGGGAUUCCCAGGACCCUUUGGUUUGCUAGUCAUGUUGCCAAGAGGGACCUUUAGUCUGAUCCAGCAAGAACUACAUCAUAUUCCUAGAUGAAGGGAAUAUUUGCACAGACCAUGCUUCUAACUGCUUGAGGGAUGCUCUAUUUUGUUAUUAUAGAAAGGCCACCAGAAAUGGACUAUUAAAAUGAUAAAUUUGAUAAGCCAUUCCUGCAUGUAACCUUAUUAGUCAUAACCUAGAGCUGGGCCAGGCUACUAAGACAGUUUUGAGAGCCUAAAUGAAGGACAGACAACUUGCAAAUGCUCCUCUUUUUUCUCUGUUUUGGCCUUAGAAAGUAAGAUCUACAGGGUUCCUUCCUUUCUUCUAGAACUCAUGGCUGCAAGAUAGACAUGAGGGGCUAUCAGCCACUUGGAUCAUUGCAGAAGUGAGGGCAAUAUAAUAGCACAGAGAGGAUAUAGGACUAAUGGAUUUCUUUCCCCAAAGAUGGUAACUUCUCUAGCCAGAAUGAAGGACUUCCAGAUAUCAUGGACUAAAGAGAUUUUAACAAGAAAGAGGUAUUAAAAAAUUCCAUGGCAGUGAAAGUUAUUUGUUGGCAGACAGACUUCUCAUUAUAACCAUAUUUCUAUGCCUGUUGAGUGUUCCUGUUUCAGCACAAGGUGAGGAAGUCAAAUGAUUAAACAAGGUACCAUUAGCUAUCUAGAUUGUUGUCAUGCAUACCUGUCUGUUUAGUGCAUCAGACAAUGAAGGGCUGGAGCACCACCAGUUGAGGUGCUUGAGGCUGUGAAUGACUUUCCAAAAAAUAUUUCAAACCAUUUCCUUUGUAGGGACAUUAAUUGGAGAGCAAUGAAUACCUACCUGCUUUAGUCUUUUCGGUUUUCCCCAGUGCUGCCUCUUCAUUAGGACAAAUAAUCUGAAACUCACCCAAGUUUCAGAACUAUACUAAAUGGAGUUUUGCAUACACAGAGCAAACUAGAGUUAAUAUGUACCAACAGAUGCCUCAAUGCCAUAGACACAUUUAGCAGGCAUGUUGUAUGACAUUAUUUCUUGAGAGACCAGAAAGGGAAACAUUGGAUAGUCCCACCAGGCACUGGUGUGUAUUUCAAACCACGCAAAGCAAACAUCUAUGUCAGUUGAGGACAUUGGCAGUAGUAGCAAGAGUGUUUUGGCACAAGAAGGAGGAGCAUAAUCCAUUUCCUUCAGUUACUGCACUCUAUAGACCCCCUUUCCUGCUGCUUGUUGGUUCUCUGCCAUGCCUGUGGUAUGCAGUCAAUCUGGCCAUUCUUCAGGCAUCCACUGUUCUAUUACCACACAAAGUCCGUAGAAUCUAAGUGCAUAGAUUAAUUGCAACCCGACUUAAAAAAUAUCAGUGAUUCCAUGAACUUCCCAAAAUUGAAAUUUGUCCUAUAGACUAGAGUUCAACAAUAAAAAUUAAUGUAUACAAGUUUUAACAGCACAUUCAAAUAGCAGAUAAUAUUAAAAUAACUUUCAACAUGCAUUUUUUUAGUGAAACAGGGCUCAUUCUUCUUAUAAAAUCAUCUGAAGACUUAAUUAUAAUAUUGCUGAAUUAUAUGAAUUUUAACUGAUUUAAACAUAAUGUCAUAUAGAAGAGCUAACAAUAGUUCUAUGAAGUACACACAUGCAAAAACACAUUGUGUAAAAAUAUAUUCUCACCAAAUUCACAUUAAAAAGUAUGAUUAAACCUAUUGUCCAUCAAGCUCUGGUCUGAAAUUUAUGUAAUUCCUUAGUGAAAAGUAGCCAUUCAUAAAUCUUGAAAUGAUUCUUCAUUAGAUGUUUCUAAUCACUCAAUUUUUACUUCAUUUACUAAAUAAAGAAAUAGAUAGCUUGAUUUUUUCUUUCAAGAAAAAGAAUCAGAACAGUUUAGUUAAAGCAGUAUGUAUAAAAGCAAUAAGCAAUAGGUUACUACUGCAAAAAUAAAAUAAAAAUAGCAAUACAGGGGGUGAUUCACUAAGUACUACCAGUGUGCCACAGCUGUUUGAGUGGUAGGUUCACAUGACAUGCUUGCAACAUCCAUUGAAAUGGAAAUCACAAAGCAAUGGUGCUUGAUUUAUUGCCCCGUUAUUCUUUCUAAAAGCCAUGAAAUGACAUUACUUAUGUGUGGCACUGCACACAGCCCAGUGAUAUCUCAGUGUACUAGAAAUGACAGUACUUAAAAAGGAUGCAGUAGUGCACUGUGGAUGCCACAAAGGGAAUAAGUGAGAAAUGACUUCCUAAGCAAUAAUGGCAUCUGCGUAUUUUAGCUGGGUAUAUCCCUGUGCAAUAUCAGGGACAAUUCAAAACCUCUUCCAACUUUCCACCAUUUUGGUGCUGAUAUCACAGUUGACUGAGAGCUACUUGGAAUGGAACAUUAUCAAAAGAUGUGCCUAUCAAUUAAUAUCAGAAGCUACAACCAUAAUAAUAGUUGAAUCAUCCAGGUUUGCAGAAGAUAGCCAAUUCCUCAGGACAAUGAAAUGCCAAACAUCCUCUGAAGAGUUUUAGAAAUCUCUCUUCAGACUGGGUAACUAGGCAACAGAAUGGAAGAUGCAAUUCAGUGUAAGUGAAAAAUGAUGUAUGUUGGAUCCAUACAAAAUAAAAUAAAUUACAGAACCAUCUACAUUUGUCCAGCAAAGGUACCCUUGUGAUCAUCAGAGGACAUGCCCUCUACUACAGCAAUGAAGAAGGCAAUCAGUGUUAGGGCUUAUUAGGAAAAGGAUUAGCAAUGAAGUAGCUCAUAUUGUAAAGUUGAUUUCUAAAUUUACUCUCACCUAUGCUGCCAAAUGCCAUCCUGACCCACGUUGAAAAACAAGGUUAUCAUAGAGCAAAAGAUGAAAAGUGUGAAAUAAUGUGAAAGAAUAGAGCUUUUCUUUUCUUUUCAAAUCCUGUUUAAAAUGUUCAGAGGUUUAGCUUAGAAAGAGAAAGAAAAUGAAGGGUUUUUUUGGGGGGAGGGGUGUAAAUCCAUUAAUAUUUUGGAGAAAGUUGGUAAAAGGACAUUAGUGCUGAAGGCAAGCCAGUAAAAACAAUUAACACUGAUUUCAAGCAAGGGAAGUGGAAGUAUUUCACCAUGCAAUGCAUAAUUAACAUGGAAAUGAUUGCUACAGGGUGGCUUUUGAAAGGUCUUAAAGACAAUUUAGGAAGAUAAUCCAUAAAUGCCCAUCAGUCUCAUUCUAGUUUACAUUGGACAGAAGAUUAGGGUGAUGAUGAAUGGGCAUUUACAUUUACUGAGCCUUAUUUUUCUGGAACUUUGUUCAGAUCUAUAUAGAAUAGAACUUGAAUCUUAUUGGAAGUUCCAAUUAGAAUAUACCCAUUGAACCAUUGGGAUUUGCUCUACCUAUAGGGUUUAUUUGUAAAUUUUGUGAAAGGAGCCUAAAGCUAUGCAGUUUCAUAAAUAAGUGUGCUUGAAUAAUAACGGUAUAUCACCCUGAUUCAGCUCAAGUUACAGAUGACUUGUUCCACCUGACAGCAGUUGCAUGUGUUUCACAAGUCACAUUGAAAGAUGUAUCCAGCUGGUUUAAUGUCCAGUUAAAUAAACCAGCUUUGCAGGCAGGGUAUAUCUCUCUCCCAUAACAAAGUAGCUUAACAUUAAAAAAAAAAAACAUUAGGAUACGCAUGCACAAAAGUCUGUUUUAUCCAGUAUAUGUUUUCAGUUCUGGAAGAUAUCCUGAAGCUUGUUGUAGCCACCCUCAUGACUCAAACAAAUGUGCAGGUUAAAUGACUGACCAGCAUUUUGGCCUGUAUUCUGGUCCCAUCACUUAUAAAUUAAGAUAAUAUGGUUUUGUAUCAGGGGAAUCUUAUAAUCAGGAUGCCCAUAUGUAUCUCAGUCACUGGAGGAUGGAUGACAUGUAGCUUGACAUAGGCAUAUGUGAAGGGGGAUUGGGGUUCUUUGUAAUACACAAGUCACCACAAGGGCAUAAAUCAUCAGUGUGAUGUGGAAGCUAAUGCACUCUUAAAUUGCUUCAGCAGAGGUGCAGCAUCCAGAUCUUGAGAUGUAAUACCAUUUUGUUCUGGAUUCCACAGAAUAGUAGAGUUUAUGAAGGAUAUUGACAGACUGAAAUGUGUCCAGAGGAGGUGGAUGAAGAUGAUGUGGAUUGUAGAGAUCAAGGUUGAAAGAAGGUGUAUGUCUUGCCUAGAGAGGAACCAUAGAAUCAUAAAGUUGGAAGAGACGACAAGGGCUAUCCAGUCCAACCCCCUGCCAUUCAGGAAAUAUAAAUCAAAGCAU